AUUAAAAUAACCUACAAUUUAAUUUAUUUUUUUACACAAAAAUUAAAAAUGCCAAUUAAAUUAAUAGGCCGUACAAAUAAUUUUAGUGGAAAAACAUUGUGGGAAAUAUUAGGAAAUUUAAAAGAUUUUGGUGUUGGCCGACUUGUAAUCAGAAAUGUUUUUCAACGGUAUCCAGAACCUACUUUUAUGAAAAUUGUAAAAGUUGAACCAUUAGCAUUUGAGGAACCUAGAAAAGUACGUGUAUGGGUUGAAAGAACACACCGUGGCUAUAAGUAUCCAAAAUUACAAGAAAUUUGUUCCGUGUCUUACAAAGCUGAUUUCCAAUUGAUACCAAAGGAUGAAGAAUAUAAAUUUGUUUCUACAUCAGAAACAGUUAAACAAGAGGAAAGAGUAUUCCCUGAAUAUAUAGACUUUCCUCCUUUAUUGAAACGGUUAGUUUUGAGGGAUAAAACUUCAAGAGGAGAAACAGUUGAUGAUAUUCAAUUAAAGCUAAAAAUAAAUACAAAUAGAGAUAAUCGAGCUCGAAUUGCUGAGUCUGGUGAGAAGCCCAAUGUGGAAAUAAGCAUGGGCUUAGGAAAACCAGCAAGUCCUGAUCUAUAUAAUGGACUAAAUUUAUAGAAUAAUAUUUAUAUUGUAGUUUAU